CACACAAAACACACACACACACAGAAAAAUGAGUCAUGAAAUAGUUUGGUUUUUCAAAGUUUUGAAUGUUUAAAAAUAUCAUGACUUUUGGUUCAAACAAUCAAUAAAUAUCGCAAAAUUUUUGUUAAUUGAACAACUAGAAUCGGUUAAUUUGAAACGAGAAAAUUCAACUUUCAUAUUGAUAUGGCUAAUACAAGAAUACAUACUCUCGAAAAAUCGAGCGAUGUUACAUAUUCAAAUUCAAAAUUAUUUAACGACGAUUUCUUGACCAAUAAGGCCAUAGGUGCCGAUCAUAUAGUCAACAAGGAAAAUGAAAUUAUUUCCGGAAAACUAUUUUUUUGUAUCGAAAAAUUUGUUUUCUCCAACCAAACAAAUGAUAAAAUCAUUUCAUUAAUAGGUGACGAGAGUUCAAUUGUUGGACGAAAAUUUGUCCGAGAAUUUCAAUCAUUAGUUGGAUUUUUGGUGGAUGAUUUGAAUGAAAUAUUUGCCAUACCACCACCUGAUUCGGUAUUGCGAGAAGUUUCAUUGAAAUUAUUCUUUGAACAUCCUGAUUUAUCUAAACGAUAUGAAACCGAAAUGAAAGCAGGAUUUUUUUCCGACGAAUUAUUUGUGAAUUGUUUACAGAAAAAAUUGAGAAAUAAAUUUCAAGUAGCCGAAAGAAAAUUAAAGAUUCAAUUGGCCAAUUCAGAAUUUGAUCGCCAUUAUUAUUUAGAAAGAAAAAAGAAUAAAAAAAUUUCUAUUCAAAAAACCAUAAAAAAAGCAUUGACAAAAGAAAAUGAUAAAUAA